GAAAAUUCCACACCCCAUAAAUCACCACUUUCAAUUCUCACUUUUUCUUCCCAUAAUAACGCAAAAUCACACACCACCAUCGUCACAAAACACAAGAAUAAGAUCAAAGAAGCAAAGAAAAAACACCCUAAAGAAAAACAACAAUAUGGCUAGUGAUGGAAGUGAAGUGUUCAAGUUGGUGUCACCAGCAAUAGCAAACGAAGGAAAACUACCAAGACAAUUCACUGAUGAAGGACAAGGAGCAAAGAAAAACAUAUCACCACCAUUAGAAUGGUACAACCUACCAGAGGGGACAAAAUCUCUUGCACUUGUUGUGGAGGAUAUUGAUACACCCGAUCCAGAAGGUCCAAUUGUACCGUGGACAUGCUGGGUCGUGGUGAAUAUUCCUCCGACAAUUAAAGGAUUGCCGGAGGGAUUUUCCGGCAAAGAGGAGGAGAUGGGUGGUGAAUAUGCUGGGAUCAAAGAAGGGAACAAUGAUUUAAAACAACCUGGGUGGCGUGGUCCGAGGUUGCCUACACAUGGUCAUAGGUUGGAGUUUAAGCUCUAUGCCUUGGAUGAUGAGCUUCAUCUGGGUAAUAAGGUGACUAAGGAGAAAACCUUGGAGGCCAAGGAAGGGCACGUGCUAGGAGAAGCGACUUUGAUGGCUAUAUUCUAAAUAAUAUUGUGAUGUAAAAAUUUGAACUAUUACUAGUAUACAAUGUCUUUGAGUGAUGUAUCAUUUGAAUCCAAUGAGAGAUGAUUUUAUUUAAUCCCAUCACACUAUACUUUUGUCUUA